GUACAGCGCUUGCUGCUCAGGACUCUCUGGGCGAGGCAUGAGGAUUUCUGCCGCCACUUCCUCCGGACAAAGCUGUCUGUGGAUUCGGUAUGUGAUCUCGUGUUCAGCCCAUUGCUUGUCUGGCAGAGCGGGCCGCCGUUCGAUGCUGCUUGCUCGCUUGCUUGCGCACGCCAAAUGCGCUUUCCGAGCUCAGUGUGGCGCGCCUGGAACAAUGCAAAUUCGUGCUUUGUCUCGUCCUUCUGAGCUCAGUGUGUCAACGCCGAUGUGGACGUGUUUGAAUUGCACAGAGUAAUUUCUCUGUUCCUCGAAUCGCAUGUCUCUCUGGCUGCAUUGCAGCUGGACAGCUUGGAUGAGUUCGAAGUCGAGACGUCUGAACUCUACGAUGAGAGAUAGUACAUUUGAGAAGUGAGGCCUCAGGAUGAGGUGGCAAUUACCUGAAUUUUGCAGCAGCAUUUGUUGUAGAUGGACGAUUGGAUGAUUUUGUGCUUUUUCUAUUCCGCUAGUCCUGAUACUCUAAGAAGUGACCUCGACUGGCAUCGAUUGUGCGAUCCAAAGAAGAACUAACUCGCAUCUAUUAGCCUUUCAAGAAUUCAACUUGAUAUCGCCCUGCGCCUCACGCUCGCUAAUCUUGUUCCACGUGGUGAAUUGCAAAUGCGUCAUAGUGUCCGCCUUUGUAUUUAUUGGACUGUACUUUGUACUAAUUGACUCUCUUCUGAUAAUUAUAUCACUCUUACUGGGUUCCGGGUCUUCGACCUGGAUGAAGUUCCCUAACGCAAUAUUUCUACAAGGGCCUCAAGUUCCUGCUGGCUAGGAGAGUUACAAAAUUUCUCACUUGAGUUACGCUGCGUAAUCACGGAUUUGGGGUUGAACAUACCAACUGUAGAAGUGUGACGAGGGUCAUCUUCGACUCAUUUCCAAAUUCAUGUUUUCUCGAUCGUUUCUCCGGAUGACUACUCCCACUUCUAGCACCUUCAGCAGUGCUGGAGUUAAGACAUUUCAACGAAGACGAACAGAAACAUCUACUGUUGUGGCCUAUGAUGACAAAGACAUCGUCCAACAGAACGAGGACCAUCAAACUGUCAAGCAAGAGGGAGCGAACUGGAAGAUUACAGAAGAACUGGUGUUCAGCACGGAGAACCUUUUGUCAAGACCAGCUCGAUGGGAAGAAAUCCUAGAUGGCAUAAAGAUCAUGAGAGCUGGCCGAGAUGCUCCGGUUGACACUAUGGGAUGCGAAAAAGUCACAGGUCUUCUUGGGCCGAAGGAGAGAAGAUUUGCUGGUUUGGUCAAAGCACUUCUCUCGAGUCAAACGAAGGAUGAAAUAACACACGGUAUGAUAGCGGCAGCAGGACGGAUGCAGGAAAGGGGUUUAUUAUCGAUCAAAGGGUUGUGCGAAGCCGAGGAGGCGACUAUAAGCGAGGCAAUCUAUCCGGUUGGAUUUUACACCAGAAAGGCUGGGUACUUGAAAAAGGUAGCUUCGAUCUGCAAUGAGCAGUAUGAUGGAGACAUUCCAAGUACUUUAAAAGAACUACUCGCUUUGCCUGGGAUUGGUCCCAAAAUGGCCCAUCUGGUAUGUGAUUAUGAAUGUUGGGCGGAUGUCCAGGGCAUCUGUGUUGACACUCAUGUUCAUCGCACAUGCAACCGACUGGAGUGGGUUAAACACGCCAAAUCUACUCCAAGCCAUCGACUGAACACAAAUACUUCUGAAGAAACCAGAGCUUCAUUAGAACAAUGGCUUCCCAAAGAUGAAUGGAACUCGAUCAAUCCUCUACUGGUGGGCUUUGGCCAAACUGUAUGUACCCCUCUAAGACCUCACUGUACGGACUGUCUCAUCAACCAGCUUUGCCCCGCUGCUUUUAAGGAGCCUAUGAAGAGCCCAAGUAAAAGCCUUGCACCUGCACAGGAUCGAAACACAAUGCCGAGCUCUCUGAUUCUUACGGAAGAUCUGAAUUCUACGAAUCGGUUGAAAUAGUCUUCAGCACUGAAAUGAGGUGAAGAAACUCUCAUCUGAUUUGCCUCGUAUUCGAAUGGACUUUGUGCAGAAUCGCCAUUUCCCUUGAAUCUCCCGCACGCUUUCAGAUACUACAUGUUCGUGAAGGGCGCUCAAACGAGUUUCGAGUUCGGAAGCAACGACGUCGAGGCCACUGAGUUGUAUCCACAAGUAAAGGACACCACCGUGAGCGAGUAUCUGGAUCGAUUCGUCUAGCUCGGUCUACACGUCUACGAUCCGAAGAAUGAUGUUUUGUGCCAAAUCAUAAUCAUGAAUACUCACGAGAGCUAGGGAACCCACGGAUUACUACUUAUUGAUUAAACAGAUGACUCUGAGCAUCCAUCCAUGACGACAGUCAUUGCCAUGGCCACGACUAGUUCAGAAUCCCGGAAUUGACUUGUCUAUCUAUCUGCGAUCAUUCACCUUCACCUGUCCACAGGAACAAAUCGAUUUGCUCAAAGAUAGAGUCAGCACCAGCAGCCAGUAUAAAAUACGAAUCCAUCUACAGAUGCGCAGCAAUGGCAUGUACUGGAGGGAGGGUGGGAGUGGAUACAGAGCAGUCAUCAACUGCGGCACUGUCUGUAACCUUGUCUGUAGACCAGAAAAUGUUCAAUGUCAGGCCCGGAGCGAGCUUCAGCACUACCAUUUUCUCCUCUGAACGGAAAAACGAUCAAUCUUAUUUCUGUCUGAGAUCGAUUUGACAGUAACUCGAGUCACUUGAAGUGGAUAGAAAAUCCAUCGUUCCGUCCCUGUCCUUGCCAGGAUGAAUGUGGCGUUAUGCUAGAAGUAAGUAGGGAGGAAAGUCGAUGGCGGCCGUGCGACUGACCUUUGGGCGACAUGGGACAGUUGCUUGAUGGAUCGAUCUGGAUGAGUAGAAGUAAGGAGACGAAUCGUAGUGCAGUAUUAGAGAAGAGAGCAGAAAUUGGCGCGGCGAGAUGUGGGCACUCAGAAUGAUGUCUCAGGGAGAAUCAUGAACAGGUAGCAAGUAGCAUCUAGACGCACGCAUGAUUGAGAAAAAGAGCUGACAUGAUGCAUGGAGGAGACUCAGACUACAAGUUGAGGGCCCGCUGGCGAUGUAAGCUAGUGUCCGCCCUUCUCCUGGCCUCUGGGUUGGUCAGGCUGUAACAAAAGGAAAUUCACGAGUCUUCAAGAAUUGAAGAACGCACCGAUCUUUAGGCUUGGCCACGGCCCGGUCCGGAAAAUUUGUGGACCGGUUUACCGGUCCAGGAUUGGUCCGUAUCGGUUAACGAUUAACUGAUAUUUUAACCGGUCCCGACGGUU